GUUGAGAGGCAGCCGGGCGGGCGGGGCCUGGUUGGGGUGGCUCGGGAAGUUGGUGAAGUUGGCCAGAGAGAGUGAGGGAGAGAAGGAAGGAGCGAGCGGCUGUCUGUACAAGUGGGCCCGGCCUUCCUGGGUGGGUGCCCUUUCUUCUUUGCUCGGCUAGUGCAUGAUGGAAACAGCAUGGCCGCUCAUUUCUCCCUGACACAGCUGUCAAGUGCAAAUCCUGUUUAUGAGAAGUACUAUCGACAGGUUGAUCCUGGUAAUUCUGGAAGGGUGUUGGCUUCUGAUGCAGCUGUUUUUCUGAAAAAAUCUGGACUGACAGACUUGAUACUUGGAAAGAUUUGGGACCUGGCUGAUACGGAUGGCAAAGGUAUCUUGAACAAACAGGAAUUUUUUGUGGCUUUACGGCUUGUAGCCUGCGCACAGAAUGGAUUGGAUGUUUCGUUGAGUAGUCUUAAUUUGCCGGUUUCUCCUCCUAGAUUUAAUGAUUCCACUAGUCCUUUAUUAUCUGGGGGAGCAAGUGCUGAUAUCCCAUGGGCUGUGAAGGCAGAAGACAAGGCCAAAUAUGAUGCUAUCUUUGAUAGUUUGAACCCAGUGAAUGGAUUCUUGUCAGGUGAUAAAGUGAAACCUGUUCUACUAAACUCCAAACUGCCAGUUGAUGUCUUGGGAAGGGUUUGGGAGCUAAGUGAUAUUGAUCAUGAUGGAAUGCUGGAUCAGGAUGAAUUUGCAGUUGCCAUGUUCUUGGUAUACUGUGCUCUUGAGAAGGAACCUGUGCCAAUGUCCUUGCCGCCAGCACUGGUGCCACCUUCCAAAAGGAAAGCUGUCAGUAUCCCAGGUGCAGUGCCGUUGAUGCCACUUACAACAUCUAGCAAAGAUCAGUCCAUUCCACCUGUAGCCCUCUUGCCAUCCAAAACAUCAUCAACACAGUGGGUUGUAUCACCUGCAGACAAACUAAAAUACCAUGACAUAUUUCUGAAAACUGAUAAAGACAUGGACGGCUUUGUUUCUGGUGUGGAGGCUAGAGAAUUAUUCUUGAAGACAGGCUUGCCUUCUGCCUGCCUUGCACAUAUCUGGGCUCUCUGUGACACAAAGGAUUGUGGAAAGCUUUCAAAGGAACAGUUUGCCUUAGCCUUCCAUUUCAUCAAUCAGAAGCUGACAAAGGGUAUUGAUCCUCCUCAGGUGUUAACUGCAGAUAUGAUCCCUCCAUCGGAGAGAACCACUCUACAAAAGAACAGACUAGGACCAAGUCCUGUAGCAGACUUUUCUGCAAUCAAAGAGCUAGAUACUUUGAGCAAUGAAAUAUUUGACCUACAGAGGGAAAAGAAUAAUGUGGAGCAGGACCUAAAGGAAAAAGCAGACACAAUCAAGCAGAGGAUGAGUGAAGUGCAGGAUCUACAGGAUGAAGUCAGAAGGGAGAGCAGUAAUUUGCAAAAGCUGCUUGCUCAGAAACAGGAAGCAGAGGAAAUCCUUAAUAGUCUUGAUGAGGAGAAAGUGAAGCUGGAAGAGCAACUUAACGCCAUUCGACAAAAAUGUGCUGAAGAAGCCGAUCUGGUGGGUUUUGGCAACUCAUUUAUUGCAUCACUAAAGGUAGAAAUAACUUAUCAAGAGUCUAAAAUCUCAACAUAUAAAGAUGACUUGAAUAAAGCCCAAGAAGAACUCGGCCGGCUACAGCAGGAAACGUCAGAGCUAGAGAAAUGUGUGGAGGCAGGGAAGUUGCAGCUGGAACCUCUUCAGCAGGAUCUUCAGGACUCUCAGCAGGAAAUCACUUCAGUGCAAGCAAAAUUAACUGAGCUCAAGGAACUGGAAAAUAGCCACUAUAACUGGGAGGCUCAGCCCCACAGCACACUACUUAAUGGGAAUGCAGAUCAUUCUAGCCUUAGCAACAGCAGCAGUGAAACAACGAACUUAAACGAGAGUGCUGAAAAAGAGAAUUCAGCAGAUACUGAGCAAAUAAAUCACGAAUCUCUUGCUAGGAAUAGUCCAGAAACAACACACACAGAAGAAGAAGAAGAAGAAGAAGAACAAGAAGAGGUUUUGCCAUCAGAGAUCAGGGAAAAAGAAGAUCCAUUUGAAGAAUCUCAUGUGCUUUCUGAUCCGAUUGCAGGAUCUAAUUUAGACUUCUUUGAGACUGACCCCUUUGUUGGUAGUGAUCCUUUCAAAGAUGACCCUUUUGGGAAGAUUGAUCCUUUUGGUAGUGAUCCUUUCAAAGGUUCAGAUCCUUUUGCUGCUGACUGCUUUUUUAAGCAACCAUCCACUGAUCCUUUUGGAAGCAAUGACCCCUUCAGUGCAACCAACAGCAACAGCACUUCCACAACAGAAAUACUGAAGCAGAAUGAUCCUUUUGCUCCUGGUGGAAUUGCUGUUCCUGCAACAAGUGAAUCAGCUACAGAUCCCUUUGUCUCUCUGUUCGGAAAUGAAUCAUUUGGAAGUGGUUUUGCUGACUUCAGCACAUUGUCAAAGGCAAACAAUGAGGAUCCCUUUAGUUCAUCUACAACAGGCUCUACCAACAGUGUGGUCAUCACCAAAAAUGUAUUUGAGGAACCCCCAGCUAAAACUGAAGAUGUUCCUCCUGCUUUGCCUCCCAAAAUUGGGACACCUACUAGACCUUGUCCUCCCCCACCUGGAAAAAGACCCAGCAACAAAUUGGAGUCGUCAGAUUCCUUUAAAAUGAAUGAUCCUUUCCAGCCCUUCUCGGGCUGCAAUAGUUCCAAAGAACAGGAAGCUGACCCGUUUGCUCCCACUGGGGUUUGCAAGGAGAUGGACACCAGCAAUUUUGCUAAUUUCAGUGCUUAUCCUACUGAAGAAGACAUGAUUGAAUGGGCAAAGAGAGAAAGUGAGAGAGAGGAGAAAGAGCGACUUGCAAGAUUAAAACAACAAGAGCAAGAAGAUUUGGAACUAGCUAUUGCACUUAGUAAAUCUGAAAUAUCAGAAGCAUGAAGAAUUUGUCAUGCAUCAACCACUUUGUCUCUUUCCCUGGAUAACUAAGCUAUGUUUAAAGCUAAUCAGAAGUUACAUAUGAACAGGGAAGUACAAAAAGCUUUAAAUUCCUACAAAUGUGAUUUUUUUUUUAGCAAUUUAAUAUUUUAUUGGGUUUUAUUUUCUUCAUAUUCACUAAUCUCCUCUUACCACUCUUUAAUACAACAAACAUAGAUUUACCUUUGAAAUCUUCUGUGGUAUAAAUCAUUACACCAAAGUAACUUCUUUUAACACAAAAGAGACAGCUCCAUACUAUUUUAAAAUGAGAACACUUGAGGCACAACAGCCCAUUUAUGAAUGCAUGUAAGCUCUCGAAGAAAAGGCAAUUAUAUUCCAAACCAAGGUCCUUUCCUACUUUCACUAUUAUAUUCAUUUACAGUGUUGAAAUUCUACAAAGUGCAGGCAUGUAAUUAUGUACAACAAAUGCAUCAUAGCCCUUUGUCCCUGUACGGAUGGCUUGGUCACAUAUUGCUGAUUUCUUCUUCUUCAUCUUUUUAUAAAUAGAUUUAUUACAAGUCUUAGCUGUUUUAUUCAAAAGCACCACUUUUGCCAAUUCCUGUACAACCAAAUUGUUUUUAGUUCUCCCAGGUGGCCUGUUUAUGGAUAGCAAAAUACAUUUUCAUCUGUAAGCAAGGCUGGUUGUGCAACCAGCCAAGCUAUUGAUUUUUUUUUUUUUUUUAAGGCUUGCAAAUACUCAGUUAAGUGAAAGAUGAUAUCCUCCCUUCAUUGAAAUUUUCAUAUCUGGUUAGAAUAGGUAUUUGAAAACUUUUGCAACUUUAAAGAGUUGAUAGUAAUCAAUGCUGGGCUUAUAUGACUUUUUUUUCCUUCCUUUUAAUGAAGGAAACCUAAUAGAAACUCAGGAUUUCAGGUGCAAUUAUUAUGUCAGAAAUUCUGAAUUGACAUUUUGUCUGCUAGGUAUAAAAAUGCAAACUUAGGGUUUUUACAAGGAGAUUAGUAAAAUGAGAUUUUUUGGCCAAGUUCACUGUUUUCCACUCUGAAGCCCUACUGCUAAUUGAGACAAUUUGUUCUGUUAAGUACGCAACUAAACUGGCAAGCUGACAGCUGAAUUUGAAAUAGGGUAGGAAGUAGGCCGCAUAAAGAUAUAGUUUACAACAGUCUAUUGCUGUUACGUAUAAUUUAUUGAAUGCCAACUGAUAGUUGCACCUUAAACUGGAAUAUCUUUUAUGGUUACUAAGUCAAAUUAAGAUUGAAUGUUAAUGAAAGUAACUUAUUUGCCUAUUCUUCAUGAUGUGCUCUAUUCUGCAGAAUGAUAAACUCAUUCUAUAUUACUCCGUUCUCUCCUACCCUCAUGCAGAGUUUGGCUAUAGCCUUAUAAUUUUUUUCAAAACCUGUGGUAUUUGUGCCUGAAAUAAUUUUAAAACUUUUUUGGCUGCAAGGGGUUCCAUAGACACCACUGUCCAACUUAAACCUUUCUAUUUACCUGUGAAUGCUGCUGCAAGAAUCUCAUGAAGAGGGUAGUUUUCACUCAAUUGCUUCUGAAUUUUGAGACUUGUUUAAGAAGUUCUCUUUUGCACUGGGAAAUCGGCAUUUGAAAACAUCUACUCAAACAAGUAACCUAGCAAAACCUCUUGCAAGUAUUAAGUAUACAUAAUUUAUUUACACAAACUUUGUAAUAACAUUAAUCGUGCAUAUUGUAUGUUUUAACUGGACUACAUCGAUUUCUUACUUUUUGUUAAGUGUAUACACAGUGGACCAAUACAAUAUCUGUGUGUGUGUAUAUAAUAUAUAUAUAUAUAAAAAUAUAUAAAUAUAAAUAUAUUCAAGCUUUCCUGUAUAGAAUUAAGUUCUGAGUCACUUGAUGUUACAUUUCAUGUUACUGACUGAUUACAGAACCUUUACUCGAAGGCUUCUAAAUAAACCACUGUUGUGUCAACUUAAAUGGCAUUACUUGUAAAGUUUUAAAAGACUUUGAAGAACUUGUUCAGGUGGGCUAGCCUCUAUUUAAAGACUUUUGUUUAAAAAAAUUAAAAAUAGCCUGUAAUUAUGAAUAAAACAGUUUAAGUACACAA